UAGGAGAAGGAUGGAGGAGGAGCGGAGGCUGCGGGGGAGGCUGAGCCGCCGCAGGCCGCCCGCAGGGGGCGGGCCCCCUAACUGCCGCCCCUGGUUUCUCUCGGAGGAAAGUAAGAGUGAGCCGUGGGCUGCUCUGCUGCGCAGCACCGUGGGCGGGAACGCGGAUUGGACCCCGAACAGUCAGCCAUUACCACCGCUGCCUGCUUUUCCUAGCCAGGAAUCUCUGCCUGACCCAGAGUCCACUGUGCCUCCUGAGGUCUUCACUGUAGGAUCCAAGACUUUUUCCUGGACGCCUUUUCCGCCUGCCCUUCGUGGCUCUGGAAGCUCCUGCCACCUGUUACGUUGUCCUGAAGGCUCUCCGGGGUCACCUGCUCCAUCCCUGAAAGAAUGCCCUGCACUGGAUUCCCGUCAAACUCCCAGCGCUCAGGAGUGUGUGCCUGUGCAGAGUCAACUUGUGUUGCUGAACUGCCCAUUGUGCCAGAAGGCUUUUGAUCCGAAGCUGACCCAGCUAGAUGUGGAUAGCCACCUUGCUCAGUGCUUGGCUGAAAGCACAGAAGACGUGGUGUGGUGACCUGCAGGCUGCCUUGCUGUAUCCUCUCCUUCAAGCCUAUAUGCUGACAUUGGAUGUGGCUGCUGAGAGGUCUCGGGGACACCUGAGGGCUGGCUCCUUCUGGUUUUGUUCCUGGGCACGGGACAUAGUGCUGGUCACUGACAGCAGGCAGCAGAUCCCCUGCGGGCCCAUUUUCAUUGUCAGCCUCAUUGGAUUUGGAAUCACCUAGGCGACACAUCUCAGGGUGGAGACACAUCUCAGGGUGUGCCUGUGAAACUGUUUCUAGAGAUUAAUUGGGAAAGGAAGAGCCACUUGAAUGUGGGUGGCACCGUGGCCUGGGGUCCCACUGACUGAAAAGGGAAAAAGGAGAAAUUGAGCUGUUUCUUGAUUGGGGAUGUGAAAAGACACACUUCUCACCUGUGCCCUCCCUGCCACAGACUGUACCUUCUUCAACUUGUGAGCCAGAAUAAAUCUUAAAUUGCUUUCCAGUA